UUGAUCAGUUUCAUAACCUGUAAAUUUUGUUUUGUUAUGAAAAACCGAGAAGACAAACAAAACGUUAUUAUAUAUUUACACAUGUUAUUAUAUUACAUUUAUUGAAUGCGUCGAAAUGAGUGAAAUCAAGGUGAAACGGUUAAAGAUGGGCUCACUGGUGUCUAUUCACAAUGAAGUUUAUCCAGUUUAUAAAGGACUAAAUCCCAUCGGUCGAAAUAAAGAGGCAACUGUUAUCAUCAAGGAUACUGAAAUCAGUCAUCAUCAUGCAAUAAUAACAAUUGUAGAUGAGAAUAAUCAAUAUGUUAGUGAUUUUGGUUCCUGCAAUGGUGUUUUUGUUGACAACAAACGACUGAAUCCAUUGGAAUUGUGUAAAAUCCACGAUGGAAUGGUUAUCAAAUUUAGUACAAUUGAUUUCACAUUUAAUAAGGACACACAUAAUCUGGAGGAAACUUUAAACCAAAGAAAUACACAAGCACAUGAAUCUGUUUAUUCAGCUGCAACACAAUACAUAAAUGAAAGUGCUCUUGGGAACACGCAAAAUCAAAUUCCCGAUGACGGUUUUGAUUUCAGCACUGUUGAUACACAGACAAUUGAAAACAAUACUAUUCCUACAGAAAAUAUUAAUGAUUUUAAGAGAUCAUCAUCAGAAACUGACAAUAUUCAAGCUAGUACGUCUGCAGGAAUUCCGAUUGGUAAAACUAUAGCACAAAAUGAGGGUGAAACUGAAAAAGUCCGAGAAAAGAACUCUAAUGCUUUGGAUGAAUUGUCUGAAGAUAGUUUCGAUUUUAAUACUGUAAACACUCCAACAGAAAUAAUAAAUGAAUCAAACAAAGAUAAAAAAGCUAUUGCUUCCAAUGAUGUAUCGGGUGACGGCUUCAACACCGUUAACACCAACAGUAAACAGAAUUCUCCGUCAAAAGAAGAAAAUGAAAUGCAUAUGAAUUCUGUAAGAAGUCCUAGUAAUGAUGAAAUGGAAAUAGGAAAUAAUUUUAAUGGGAUUGAAAUGGGACCGAUCACGCAAGCAAUGGAUGAAGAAUUAGAUAGGAUGGAAAGAAUAUCAGAAAUGUGUACACAAAUUCUACCAGUACGAAACAACGAUUCAAUUCAUGAAGCACCAACUCAAAUCAUUGAUUGUUUGGAAUCAUCAACAGAAGACGAGAAAAGUGUUGCAGAUAAUAUAAAUAUUUACGAAGCCGCGACUCAAAUGAUAUUGGAAAAUAAUCAAGCAAACGGAGAUCAAAAUAAUGAUAAUCUCGAAGAUGAGUUUGACACAGAUAGACAAAGUCAAUUGCACUUGAGUCAACUGACUAAGAAAUGCAGUAGAACCGUCUUGGAUAGUCAAGAUUUUGACGAAGAAGUGGUUAAUACAGAAGGUGUUGAAGAUCAGGUUGUACAAGAGAGAGACGAAGAAGUGGUUAAUACAGAAGUUGUUGAAGAACAGGUUGUACAAGAGAGAGACGAAGAAAUAGAUGAUUCGAACAAGCAGAAUGAAUCCAAAAAAUGCGUUUUGAACAUACCAAAUCAGAAUAAAAACGAUUCUGUGGAUGAAAAAAUAGAUUCCGAUAGGGGUGAUGACAGUGGUAGUGACACCGACGUGGAAGGGAAUAUCAAUGCUAAUUCCAAAUUCAUGAACUCAAUGACGGAUGUUGAAGAAUCGUUUAUCGAAAAGCCCUUAUGCUUAGAUUCUACAGAUUCCAUCAUACCGGAAACUCAGGAAUACAACGAUAGCUUUAAAGCGUCAACUUCAAGGGCAGGUCGUUUUUCAAAUUUCACUGAUGUAAUACCUUGUAGUCAAGAAUAUAGCAGCGAGGAUUUGAGUUUACGAAUUACCUCUUCGGCAUCUUCUAAUGACGAAAAAAAGUUGUCUACUAUUGAAGAGAAAAGUGAGAUUCACGAUGAUGAAGACGUCAUUGAAUCUGACGAUGAAGUUGCCUUCCCAACUUCCAAUCGUGUAUUACCACACCAAGACAACGAUAAUGAAGAUGCAGUUUCUGUACAAUGGGAAUUCGCAGAAACGGCGCAAAAAAGUUGCGAAGAAACAAUUGACGAUGAUUGCGAUACAGAAGAAUUCGAUAUUGCGGCUGCUACACGCAAUGUUAUUUUACAAUCCAAUACAGAUGAAACAAACGUUGUUGCAGAAGAAAAUACAAAUUCCGAUACUGAAUUUGAUUUCGAUUGUGCAACACAAAAAGUUAAUGACUCAUCAAUGGAGAAAAAAGAAUCUGUCAAUAAUAUUGAACCAAUUGAAAUUGUGAAAAUUCAAGCAGUUAAUGAGGAAGUUACAAUUGAUGGAAAUGAAACAACAUUAAUUGAAAGCAGCGACAUAGAUUUCAAUUGUCCAACGCAAAGGAUUGUUGAGUUACAAGAAAAUUCAACAAUUUCAUUACAAAAGAAUCAGUCGAAAGACAGCCUCGAAAUGGACACGAAUUCAUUGUUCGCUGCCCAAACACAGAAAAUCGAUGGUGAAGGUGAAGAUGAUGUUUGUGAUACCGAUAGUUUCGAUUUCGGGGCGCCAACACAAAAAGUUGAAUUACAGUCCAAAUCUGAAAGUGAUGAAGAUGGAGAUUCUCUCUUUUUAGCGGCUACGCAGAAGAUAGAAAAUUCUCCUAAAAAUGAUGAAGUGGUCGAUGACUUCGACUUUGUAGUCCCAACACAACCGCUUGCAUUCAAAACAAAUCAUAAGAAACAGGCCACAAACGCUGAAUUAGAUUUGGAUGCACCAACACAGAUAAUUUCUAAUAUUUCGAACGAAUCUACAAAUACUGAUAGUUUCUAUGAUUAUGAUCUUCCAACUCAGAAAGUAUGUAAUAAAGUUGCAGCAACUGUGCAGGAGGAACCCGAUGAUAAGCGUAUUGACGAUGGGAGCGACGAUGAUUUCGAUUUUAUGGCUCCAACACAAAAAGUUUCAUCAAAUACUUACGAAAACAAUAAUAAAGCAAAUUCUAGUAAAUAUAAUGCAAGUGAAGAUAUUGAAAUAAGAAAAGAUCCGAAAUCUAAAGACAAAGUAAGUUUUGAAAUGGAUUCUGAUUUUAAUACUCCAACUCAGGAUAUUUUGAGCAAUUCCAUCAAAAUAAACGAUUUGCUUGAGACGCAACCACUAGAAGACGUCCCAGUUAUUAAUGAACCACGCAUUGAGAGUCAAUUGGAAGUUAUGUUCGAUACGGAGACCGUUCAUUAUCAAGAGAAUGCUGAAUGCCGACCGUCGAAUCCUAUGGCCUCCGUACUUAUAGAAUCUUCGACGCAAGAUAUACUUGGGAUGUUAGAAAACGAUAGUGAAAACAAUAAGACACCAGGUAAACGAAUGAGUAAUUCUAAGCCUGAUUGUGAAAAACCGGCUAAAAAACCUAAAGAAGAUAUUUCUAAUGAAGUAUGUUCUGCAAUCAAACGUGAAUCUACAGAGAAUAAGAAGACUGACGUAACAAAUAUUUCCGAAGAUUUGAAUGACGUUGAUAAACAAAACAAGAAUUAUACAGAACAAUCUUCCGGAGAAAGCAGCUGCAAUGAGGCUAUGUCAUCAUGGUCUAAAAAGUUUUCCAGAUUGUCCACGAAAAGGAACGUGAAAAAUUCCAGCGAUGAAGAGUUAAUCAAUGAUAAUAACGAUUUGAUGGAUAUGGAUUUUACCAAUAUGAACAAUGACGCAAACACAAAUAUUGAUAACGUAACGAUUCUGAUUGAGGAUUCAAAUGACAAUGAAUUAAUAAUAUUAGAGGAUAACUCAAAUGAUAAAGAAGCAAACAACGAUGAAGAUGAUAAUGAUAAUAUAAAUAAAUCUGCAAAAAAAUUGCGAAGGAAAACGCACGCUCUUGUGGAUGAUGAUUUAGAAAGUCAAAAUAUGGAUACGUCUGCUCCAAGCACAAGCAGUGAUAACAAGACCCCAAAACGUACGUUGAGAACAAGGAAGCCGAGUGAAUCGAAGCCGAAUUCCAAUUUGUACAUUGUUAAUUUAGAUAAUCCGGAUGUAAGCGAUUUCGUUGAAACCAAAGUGAAAAUGACAAAGCGAAGAAAAUCUGAGGCUAAUGAUAUCUUAAAGAAUCUCGAUUCUGUUAUAAUAGAAGGCAAAAGGAAGAGACGAGGUGCGCCUCGUAAGAUUGCCAAAAUCGAGGAAGAUUCCAGCGAUGAAGACGAUGGUAAAAUCACAUUUACCGUACCCAAGAAGCAGCCGCAAUUAAAAAUCAGCGACACCGAGGACGGGGAGACCGUAGCUGAAGUCAUUUUAUCGAGACCCAAGGUGCUGUUGAAACGUGGCAGGAAAACUAAAAAAGAGAAGGAAUCUGGAGAAUCGACUCAUGAAGCAUCCGAUUUAAAUAUUAGCGUCGCUUCGAGGGCAAAAAGAAUUAUCAAGCACAAAGUUUGCUUCACGUUGUGCGAUGAACCUGGACUAACUACUAUAAUACGAACAUUAGGUGGUACUGUGAUCGACGAUGUAGAUAAAUGCACUGUUCUGAUUACAAAACAUGUUCAGAGAACUAUGAAAUUGCUCAGGGCUAUUGGACUCAAAAUACCGAUUUGCUCACCAAACUGGUUGAACGACAGCAAAAGUAAAGGUUCUUUUCUAGAUCCCUGGGAUUAUUUGAUCGUUGAUGAGGAAGCGGAGACCAAAUGGAGUUUCUCGCUAAAGGAGUCUUUCAAUCGAAGCAAUUCAGUAAAAUUGUUCUCUGGUUAUUUUUUCCAAUUACAAGUAACACAGUCGGUGGAUGUUCUCAAAGGAGCAAUCGAAGGAUCAGGAGGAAAAGUGGUGUCGAGAAUGCCGAAAGCUGGUAACUUCGUGGUUGUCUCGGCGCCAGAAAAUAAGAAAAAAUUUGAAAAAUAUCUCAAGCAAGGCGUAGUGGUUGUGAGCACUGAAUCUAUUUUCGAUGGAGUUUUAAGGCAGGAGAUCGUAUUCAAUAAAUAUUUAUUGAAAUAAUUAUUAUAUAUAUAUUAUUUUUUUUAACUUGUAAAAUUAAUUAUCUAUGCUUCAUAGAUUGGAAA